UGUCGUGUAUGUAUUUCCUGCCGUCUGUGCAUUUAACGUGGAGCUGUGAAUGGGGAGGGUGCAAAUCCUACGGCAGAGCCUCCUUGUUCUGCCCGACUACCAACCACUCUCGGGCUUUGACGCAGUCUUGUGGCCGCGAACAAAAUGGGAGACAAUUAUUGUCAUUAACAAAAAAAUGGGGGUUGAGGAAGCUUGAGACAGAAUGUCAGAUCAUCUCAUCCUGAUGUGAAGGCUGUGGGGCUUGGCAUGUUCUAAGUCAAAGGAAGAGCAGGAGCUUUAAUGCGGUUGACAGACCCCCGCCCCUUCCAUUCAGACCUUUGGAGAGAUUGAGCUGCCUUAGUUGAACUCCUGCUGACCGAGACCCCUCCCCAAGGUAAAACGGUUAGAGGAUCUAGAUUCGAGAGUAUCACAUGCGAAUGCAUAUGAUGUGGUUACAGGAUCGGGCAGAAUGGAUCAGAGCGAGCAGAUACUGACAUUCGAAACUAAAAAUCCGGAAGAGCUGGCUGAACGAUUACGAGCUGUAUGCGGGAACCAAAGUAAUGCUUAUGCUCGACUACUUGAAUACCGUCUCAAUGCACUUAGAGGGCUAUGGAAUGCACAACGACAAUUAGCACUUGAAGAACAACAUGAACGUGAAAACUCCAGUGAUGAAGAGACCAUAUCCUUGCUUAAGCGGCAGGGUUUACUGCAACAACCGGAACAGGCACCAUUUACCUCUCGCAUGGGCCUCUUAUUGGUAUUCCCACUGAUCCAGUCACAAAGUAAGACCGACCCUUCCCUCUGUAACAUUACCGCUGAGGUGCUCCUCAACUGCCUUAGAGAUUGCCAGCCUCUGAGUCUCACAAAAGAACCUGCCGACUGUCUAAACGGUUUGGAAACCCUGCUUUGCUCUUGGUUGGAAGAAACAUCUGCCUCUGGUCAUUCCAUCACAGGGAAACAGAAAGAGAAUGCUGCAGCUGCACUGGUGGCUCUUGCUUGUGCAAGAGGCUCCCUGAAAACCUUCAUUCACACUGUGCACUUGUUACAAAAACAAACGGACUUGGGACAUUUACCAGUUGCGGACGUUCUGCAUGGGCUGCUGUUAUUAGAGGGAGGGCCCGGCUCUGCUUCUUGUUUGCUCGGCAACAAACAUAUGGUAUCCUGGGGCUUUGAAGACAUGCUGUCAGCACCGGAGAGCAACAGUAGUUCUAGUGACAACAAAGAUGCAGAUUUAGGUCGCUGUCUUGCAACAGAUGGAAUGUACCUUUACACAACUAACUCUGUUGGCAAAGGGAUCGGCAAGCUGGGUUCGGGGCUCCAUGGGACACUACGUGGUUUUGUCUAUUGUCGCAAUGAUGAACUUGAGGCUGGCUGGAUUGCCUUUGGAUGUACCACUCUCCUUCACCGCCCUGCCUCUUUUGAUAGCAAGCCGCACCACAUCUUUCAAGUCAUCAAUCAGUAUACCUUGCAGGUGUCCCAAGUAGUGUCCAUGCCAUCGAAUCAUUUCCCAGUUGGCAGCAACAUGACCACGGUUCACCUCUGCUCUGAUGGAACGUACAUCUAUUGGAUCUGGUCUCCUGCAGGCUUAAAUGAGAAAACUCCCAAGGGUCAUUCUGUUUUCAUGGAUGUCUUUGAACUGACAGUGCACAAUGAGAUCUACGCAGCACGGCCACUCCACGAACGAAGUAUUUUGACAAGAAAAGAAGGUGAAUCUGCAAAAAGCAUCAAUGAAAUGCUGCUCAGUCGACUUUCCCGAUAUCGUGCUUCCCCCUCAGCAACAUUGGCCGCUCUAACUGGGUCCACAAUCACCAACACACUGAAGGAAGACCAUUCUGCAGCAAAUACAAGCUGUGGCUUGCCUUUGAAAACCUUAAGGAAGAGCCCUAUGUAUACCUGUGGGACAUACCUGGUUAUGCUUACUGCACCACCCGGAGGAUCUGGAAGUUCUGCAACGCGCUCGUUAUUUGGUGGUACAAGUGGAUUGUCCUCUUUAAAAGUUCUUUCUUCCAGUGUGGUAUUCAACAUCUCAGAUGGGCAAUUUAGCAGCCGGGCAGACCUGAUCGAUGCUGCUGGUAGUUCCCUUGGGCGUGGAGCACUAGUUCCAGGACUAGGGGCCUGUUACGAUGCUAUGAAUAAUAUGAUCUGGACAUGUUCGAGUGACUACAUGGAUCAGUGGUGUAAUCCUGGUAACCAGACCUUCCAUCAUGUGUGUCAAAGACUGGGUGUUAGUCACAUCAUCCACGAGCCAAACGAUGGAUUCAUGUCAACCAGUGAUGUUAUUAACCAACUUCUGCAUCAUGUGGGAGCCAUGUGUAUCCAUCAGCUCAAUUUAUUGACUGCCAGUGCUAAUUUACCAAUUUCGAACUUCCUGGGAAAACAGCAUCCCAUUGAAGCCCAACAUCUUAGCAGUAUUUGUGACAUUAUGGAGAAGGCCAUGGCGAAUAUGGAUACUUGCAUUAUCCGAUGUGUCCUUGUUGUUUUUCAGGUAAUAUUCAAAUUUUUCUUCAACCCGCAAACAGAAAGAAAUCGUGAGAUUGUCCGUCGAUCUGAGCUACUGCUCUGGCAACUUUUAAAGACUCCUGUUGAUGAAAUUGGCAAAGAGAUUCAGCGGGAAGUUUGUCUUGCUAUUAGCUCUGGGCUUCACACACUGUAUCUUGGAGAGCAUGAACUGAACAAUCUACUAAAACUUGUAUUAGCUGAGGGAGAGAGAAACAGUGGCCUUUGUCAACUGCGGGACAUUAUCUUGAUUAAUCUGGCUGAGCAACUGCAGAACAACCGAUUUGGAAGCGAGGAUGAUGAUCAUUACAGGCUGAAUGAUGAAUUACUCCACUAUAUUCUGAAGAUUGUUGUGCAAGAUUCUUGUAUCCUAAUCACAAAGUGUCAGACCGUUUCCAAAGAAGAAUUCAUCAGGCUUCUUGCUACAGUGCCAGUUGCAUCGCCUUGCCUCCGUUAUUUGAUGGCAGUGCAGAAUCAUCUUCUCAGUAACACGAUCUUGAUCAAACCUGAUGACCAUGACGAUAGUGACAGCUCCCUGCAAGGGGAAACAUUGAAGGUACAGGAGCUCCAGACCAGUAUUUUGGCACUAGCGACCAAAAUCCUAGCAGGCUGUGAUGAAGUGCUUGAAAAACUCCAGCGGGUUACCACCUCAGUUAUUAACAGUGAAAUAACUGACAAAGAGCAUAGGCUGAAGGGCUUGGAACAAAUCACUAAGGCUACUCUGCUGGGCCAUUUGCUGCCAGUAUUGCUCACCUCACUGAUGCACCCAAAUCUCCAGACAUUGACCAUGGCAGAUGCACUCAUGCCACAGCUUGUUCAGCUUGUUCUCUACACCAGCCAGACCGCCUUGCUGUUGAAGACACAAACUCCCGUUUUCACAGAUAUUGGUGAUGAUCCCUAUUUAGGAACUGAACAGAGCCAGAAGGGGAAAGUUCCGUUGUUGGAUGACAGGAGCUACCGUAUGCUGGAGGAAAAGGAAGAGCCUGGCUUUCUGACUGGAUUGAAGAUCCCUGCACCAUGGGCAGCUGGGAAGACGGUAGAAACGGUCCAUCCUGUGAGAGACAAUUACAAGUUCAAAGAGACGGUGCAUAUUCCUGGUGCACGCUGCCUCUAUCUGAGGUUUGACACCCGUUGCUCCUCCCAAUAUGAUUAUGACAAGCUGGUGAUUUAUGCAGGUCCAAACACAAAUAGCAGGAAAGUAGCAGAAUAUGGAGGUAAUACCUUGGGAUAUGGAAGUCGCAGUGUUUUGGGAACAGGUUGGCCUAAGGACUUGGUCAAGGUUGAGGGGGACACAGUUACAUUUUCUUUUGAGAUGAGGAGUGGGCGAGAGCACAACACGCCUGAUAAAGCCAUGUGGGGAUUUGCUUGUACAGUUCGAGCCCAGGAAUCGUCAGAGGAUGUUUCAGGAGGGCUUCCUUUCCUUGCUGAUCUUGCACUGGGACUUUCUGUAUUGGCCUGCUCCAUGCUUCGAAUCCUUUAUAAUGGACCGGAAACAACUAAAGAGGAGGAAGCAUGUCAACAACUGCUCAGAUCAAAGCUGCUGCAGAGGUGCCAGUGGCAGGUAGAAGCAAAUGGUGCCUUGUCUCCUGCUUUGACUCCAAGUCCCUCUCCCCUGCCACUGACUAUCGAAGAGGACCGGGAGUUCACAUAUCCUUGCGAUGCACUUGCACCUCCACUUCCAGUCACAGGGCACUACUUUGACUUGCCAAGAAUACGUCUGCCUCCAGGAAUAAUGGGGAAACUGAGGGAAAUAUCUGGCAGAGCAAGACCUCAAUUCAGGCCGAGUAUAAAGGAAGUGAUUCAGCCUGACGUGAUGGAAGAAAUGGUGGUGUCAUGUGUGAUCAAGCAUUUGAAUCUGAUUGAUGCACUGCAGUCGCUGAUUAAUUUCCAAUAUCGAGAAGAACACUUGGAAGAAUACGACCUUCUGUGUAAAAUAAUGGGGGAAACAUUCAAAAAACUUAAUGCAAUGGAGAGGCAACUUCAGAGUGUAGCAGAGCUUGAGCAGAAGUGGCAGAAUGAGAUCGAAGAUAGCCAGCAAGGAAAACUGGAAAACAACAUACCAUUCUUCCAUGACUAUCACUUCAACGAGAGCAAAAUGAAGGAAUUAGAAUUGAUGUGCUCCCUGAAGGAGAUGCCAUUUGACUCUAAUGAUUUGGAGAAUGUGGUCCUUUUGUUAAGGGAGAAAUUUGGUCAGGAGGUGAAUUCAUUGGCACCGAAGUCUUCGCACUCUUUAUCAAAAACAAAAUCUUUGGUUAAAAGCUUGAUGAAUCGAGCUGAGCUACUGUUGCAUGUUACAAUAGCAGCACAGUCCGGUCUGACGAGGAGUAUUUCGGGAACCCCUGCUGAUACACCAGCGUGCAAAUCAUCUUCUGAAACCAAGGUGAUUUCUCACACUGUUCGCCAACCAGUCUUCCUGCGCAGUAUGUCAGCACCCUCUGACCUGGAAAUGAUCGCAAAUGAAGAUUUAGAAUUCACUCGAGCCAAUCAGAGGAGGCGCCAUGGGAAUAGUCAUCGGAGCAGUUCCUUUACUCUGCUUCAAUCCUUAACUAUUGAGGAUAGUCGUGACAAACCAACGUACAGUGUGCUGCUUGGACAGCUCUUCGCUUUCAUUGGGACCAAUCCAGACCAAGCUGUGUCAAGCAGCAGUUUUCUUUUAGCUGCUCAGACCCGGUGGCGGCGCGGUAACACAAGGAAACAAGCCCUUGUACAUAUGCGUGAAUUGUUGACAGCAGCGGUCCGUGUCGGUGGUGUCACACAUCUAGUGGGCCCUGUGACCACUGUCCUUCAAGGUGGACCACGGAUUGAAGAGCUGACAUGUGGUGGGAUGGUUGAACAGGUUCAGGAAGCUUUUGGCGAGACCAUGACGUCGGUUGUUUCUCUUUGUGCUCGAUAUCCAAUAGCUUGCGCCAACAGUAUUGGUCUUCUUUGUACCAUACCAUACACCAGAAGUGAAGAGAAAUGCCUGGUGCGAAGUGGCUUAGUUCAGCUCAUGGACAGACUAUGCAGCCUGACAAGUCAACGGGAAAGUAGCUCAAGUGAAAAACAAACAAGGAAACAGAAAGUAGCUACCAUGGCCUGGGCUGCCUUCCAGGUACUUGCUAAUCGCUGUGUAGAGUGGGAGAAAGAAGAAGGUGUAUCAACCAAUGCAGUGCACUCUGGGUUAGCCCGUCAAGUGUCAAGCCUGUUGACUAAUCAUCUUGCCCGUGCCACUGAAAGCUGUGGAAAUCAAGCAGCAGGGAAUGACGCGCUACAAGAUGUACUCAGCCUUCUCAAUGAUCUUUCUAGAAGUCAAAUUGGUAAAGCAAUCCUCAGCCAGCCUGCGUGUGUAUCCAAGCUACUUUCAUUGUUGUUGGACCAGCGACCAUCUCCCAAGCUGGUGCUCAUCAUCCUUCAAUUGUGCCGUGCUGCCUUGCCUCUCAUGAGUGUGGAAGAUUGUGGGAAUGUGGAACUGCCUCCCUGGAGCUACUCCGUACCUUCCUUGGAAAAUGAUCAAGAUGAUCCUGGUGAUCCAGCUUCAAAUAUUGCAUCGCUCCUUUUAGCAAAACUUGCCGAUUACGUCGUACCAGGGUGUCAAACCGUGCUGUCUCCUAGCACAUCAGAAGCUGGUGGUGCUUUUGCAAAAUCAAACCAAAAGAACUCGAUGAAAACAGACAAAGAUGGUGGAGAAGAAUGUGAGGCAAUAGAUGGUAAACUGUCGAUCUUGAUUCAUAAACGAGAAGAUCAAUCGUCCCAUGAAGUUCUUCAGCCAUUACUAAGCAGUUCAGAGGGUCGUCCUUUCCGACUGGGCACUGGCGCCAACAUGGAGAAAGUAGUGAAGAUGGAUCGAGAUAUGACUAAGAGUGGAUAUUGUGAAGUUAUAACAGAAGAGGCCGUAGCAGCCUUGCGCAAGGCUACCAAGUGGGCGCAAUCAGGGCUAAUUGUAAGUGUGGGACCACCAGUGGACCUUGCUGCUCAGGAGGCUAAUAGUGGACUGACAACUGGCGAUAAAAAAAAGACUGCUCAGACAUCCAUUUGCAGAGAAAAAAAUGCAGAACUUGCCAGGACAGACCCAGUCCGCCCAUUCAUCAGUGGUCAUGUGGCAAACAGCAUGGCAGCAGAGGUGAUUGCUCUGCUACACAAUUUACUCAUGGCUCCUGAGUUCAGCACUGCUCAGAUAUGGACCACCACAGCGGAGAAGGUUCUAUCUCGAGCUUUAAUGUACAUCCCUCAGCUUGGUAAAUAUGCAGAGAGCGUCUUGGAGAACGGAAGUAGCAGUGGAAGAAAGUUGGCAAAGCUACAAGCUAUUGGUCGACAGGCAGUGGCAGCACUCUGUGCGCUCGGUGGCUUCAAGGAAACAAUUAAAAUAGGUUCUGAAGUGCAGGUUUCAGGGAAGGGGAUAUCUGGAAGCAUUGGAGUGGUGACCUCCAUUAAUGAGCAAGAAGGUAUCGCCACAGUCCGGCUGCCCUUGUCUAAUUGUCGAAAGGUAUCGAAAGCUUCGGACACAGUAACUGUUCCAUUAUCGAGACUGUGUACUCCACGAUGUGAGGCCUUACCUCUGCAUAAGCUGUCCAUCACUGAGAAAGUAGUCCAGGCAGUUCAAUCAAUGUUGCUUCCACAAGAAGGCAGUCUCUCUAUUCUGACCUCCCUCCCAGCAGUCGGUGAUGGCUCCACCCCAGUGAUGGCAGUAGUGCGACUUGUAGCUGAAAUAAGAACUAGAGCGUGCUUAGUGAUGGCCCAGUUGCUGGAAGAUAGUUUAUUCUGUGAGGAGUUUAUUCAGCAGUGUCCGGCUGCAGUGGAAGUCCUGAACCUGGUGGCGCAGGAGUGCAGUCCAGGUGAGCGACUGGUGGUGGUGGAGUCUCAAUGCGAAAGAUUACGGAUGUUAUAUCGGGACUGUGCUCGCCCCCCUCCGCCUCCUCUGCAGACUGACAGGAGACAGCCGAAAGAAAUUACCUGGUCCCCCUCACGAGUUUUCCCUCCAGUACGUGCUUGCAUGUUUUCCUCCUAUCUUACUGCUGUGACGUUUCUCGCCGAUCCAAGUGCAGGAGGGGGCUUGCCUCGCGGGACCUUCAUCUACGCUACGUCACAGAUACCUGUGCAGGCACCUUCAUUUUAUUGGGAGCUGGAAAUUGUUUCCUAUGGAGACACAGAUGAUGACAGCGGCCCCAUAGUGUCUUUUGGAUUUGCAACAGAGGCUGAAAAAAGGGACGGAGCUUGGACAAAUCCAGUUGGAACCUGCCUUUUCCACAACAACGGGAGAGCUGUGCAUUACAAUGGAUCCAGUCUGCUGCAGUGGAAGAGUGUCCGAUUAGAUGUCACCUUGUCACCUGGUGAUGUCGCAGGUAUUGGUUGGGAGAGAAGUGACGGAACCCCUCCACCACCGGGUCAACCAGCAAAGGGCAGAGUGUAUUUCACCUAUUGUGGGCAGCGACUCAGCCCAUUCCUGGAGGAUGUAUCUGGGGGAAUGUGGCCAGUAGUUCACAUUCAGAAAAAGAAUACUAAAGUUCGCGCAAACUUUGGAUGUCGUCCCUUUGCUUACGCAGAGGGUCAGGCACACCGGAAUGCAGCUGACCUUUGUGUUGAUCUGGCAGAAGAAAUCAGUGCCAACUUUGAAGCUUUGCCUUUUGCCAUGGCAUCAGACAGCGAUAACGACGCUGGUGCUAGUGUGGCGUCAGAUUCAGGGUCCCAUGGACCUCCCUGUCGAAUUGCAGCGACUGGUGCGCCACAGCAGCAAUAUGACAGUGAUGCCUCCUGCCAUUACAAAGUGCAACUGAGCUAUGAAAAUUUUUUGAUAUCUGGUCCAUACUGCCAUUUGCCAGCAGUGACUGAUGAUGAAAGUGAUGAUGAUGAGGAUGAUGAUGUACCACGGGAAGACCAUUAUGCACUUCUUGUCAAAGCUUGGGAAACCAAAGUCUUCCCUACGAUCCGCAGACGAUUCCGGAAUGAAGCAGAAAGAAAAUCUGGAUUGGAUCAGAUAAAGGGUGCACUGCAACUUGGUAUGGUAGAUAUUGCUCGCCAGACUGUGGAGUUCCUGUACGAAGAAAAUGGUGGCAUUCCCAGGGAUCUCUACCUCCCAACCAUUGAGGACAUUAAAGAUGAAGCCAAUAAGUUCACGAUGAAUAAAGUUCGCAAAGGCCUGACCGUGGUGAUCCGGUAUCCGGACAAUAAUAACCUCAACAGCAGCACUGGUGGCACUGCGUUACCCAAGUUUGCUAUCCGAGGAAUGAUGAAAACUUUUGGCUUGAAUGGAGUUGUUCUUGAUGUUGAUACGGCUAAUGAAUUGGUUCAGGUGGAGACAUAUUUACGAAGUGAAGGUGUGCUAGUUCGUUAUUGGUAUCCAAUUGACAUGCUGGAGCACCCUCCCACGGGAUACAGACGCACAGCGGCUUAUGGACUGGUCACUCUGGAUAACACAAACAUCCAAAUUCACAGAGAGUUGCUACGCUGUGAAGCUUCCCUAGCUAGGCUGUACUGUCGUAUGGCUUUGCUCAACAUCUUUGCUCCUAAGUGUCCACACACGUUUACUCGGCUCUUCCACAUCCCCGCGGUGCGUGAUAUAACACUGGAACAUCUGCAGCUUUUGUCCAAUCAACUUCUGGCUCCACCACUUUCAGAUGGAACCAUCAGCUCUGAUUCAAUUCUUCUGGCUCAGUCCCUCCAGCAUUGUAACCAGGGUCAGAACUGCUCUCCCACUGAUCUCUUCUACCAGGGCAAUUCUAAUUCCAUCAGGGAAUGGCUCACAGUUGCCAUAACCCGAGCCUUACACCAGGGUGAAGACAGUUUGUUGGAGUUAACAAAACAGAUCUGCUCUUUCCUGCAGCAUUCACCAGAACAGUUUCCUUCGGAAGAGUUCGCAGUGACCGAGUCGAAAGUGAGCAUGGACGUGCAUUUUCCCGGAGCUGCCUUUGUAAUGGUCUCAUGCAAGGAAAGUCCGGCAGGGUUUCGGAAAGAUUCCUCUUUGUACAAGGCUCCGUGGGUGAGAGUGCUGGUAUAUGGAUUGGGUCACAAAGUGCGGAAAAAUGGACAACUUAGCCUGACGGAAACCGUGUGUUAUCCAAAGGAUGCAUCACCCACCAACACUGGUCUCACUCCACCCCCCACCACAAAUCAGUAUCCCUCUGUCGUCAUCCCUACUGACAAGCUGCACGUGAAACUAGGUGUAUCUCCGCCACCUGGUGCGGUGCUGGUGUUGAACUCAUUGCCUCUGGAAUUUCCUCUGGCAAUGGCAUUUGCUGAACAGUUGCUGACAUGGAAGCUGCAGGAAAGAGACGAGAAAUCUGAAGACGAGCUUGACGCUAUUCCUGGAUCCGUUCUCCUGCAGGUCGUUGAGCUGUUCGCUAACCUAUUGUGGACAACAGACCUUGCCCCCAGCAUAAAGGAGAUGGUAUUCCACCUUGUGGCUGAACUGUUGCGGAAAAUUCACCAGCUCGAGCAAAAGAAGAAUCCAUCUGGCCUCUCAUCAUCUAUUGCCAUCCAAUUAAAUCCAUGCCUGGCUGUUCUGAUGGCAAUUCAAACUGAGCUCCGCAAACUCUAUGAUGAAGAAACGCAAAACUGGGUAACUGGGAACAGUUCUGGUAUCGGGAUUGGUGUGACUGACCAGGGCCGUUUCUCCAUCUACUUCCAUGCUUUGAUGGAGAUUUGUCUUGCAGUUGCAGAAGUAACACUGCCCAUCAACGUGAGCACGGCAAUAAAUGUGAUGACCUCCACAAGCGCACCGAGCCUCAGUGAUUCCUCUUCCUCCUCCUCCUCCUCACCAGGGCAGACGCCACAGAGCCCAAGCUUGCUCUCCAAACGGAAAAAGGUCAAAAUGAAACGCGAGAAGACGACGGCGACAGGGAAGCGGCUCACCUCACGUGGCAGUGAAAGCGACACCUCAAUCCUGAAUAUUAGCGGAAAUAAACCUGAAGAUAUGCUGUGGUUCCACCGAGCACUGACGUUACUCAUGAUCCUCCGUCACCUGACAAAAAAGGACCCUCAGGGACAAGGAAUGACAAACGACGCCAUUGCAGAUGCCUGUCAAGCUUUGGUCGGCUCCACCUCCCAUGGCAGGUUACUGGUGAUCUCGGGCAUUCCAACACAUCUUGAGGAAAGCAUCGUCCGCACUGCCAUUCGCAGGGCGUGCAGUGCGCACGGUGGCAUAUUCAAAGAUGAGAUUUACAUCCCACUGCAAGAUGAUGACCCCAAGAGUUUGAAGGUGAAAGCUGACGGCAAGUUGGAACUGGAUAAGUCAACAGUCAACAACAUGGACAACUUGGAUGUAAGCAGCGGCAGCAGUGUGACACCAGCUAUGAGUAUGAGCGCAUCCGCCUCUACUAGUCAGACCUCAAUUUGCAGCUCCCAGUGUGUUUCUCGGACAGCGAGUGAUCUUUCCGUAGACCAGUUUCAAGCAAGUCAUGACCAACCUGCUCCACAGGGCAUGAUUGAUCCCCACACAGUGUCCAGCCAGGAAAGCCUGGACUUGUCUCUGUGCAGCACAGGAAGUCUAGGCAGUCUCGGUAGUCUCGGAGAACCCUUGGACAGUGCGGACUCAGCUUCCAUCUCAGACGUUGGAUCAAUGUACACAGUCACAUCACUAGACAACAACCCACUUGUGUCACGGUCCAUCAAAGGUUAUGCCAUCGUCGAGGUAAGAGCAAGGGCAAAGAUUGAAAAGGUUCGUGCCAGUCUGUUCAACAGCAGUGAUUUAAUUGGAUUGUCUAGUUUGGAGGGAGAGGAUGAAUUGAUGGAGAUGUCAACAGAGGAGAUUUUAACCGUGUCUUCCGUAAAUCAGAGCUUGUUUGACACCCAGGGUAGUUCGGCGUUGGAGGAUUAUUUCACUGAGAAACUAAUAAAAGGUGAUAAGGUGGUUCCCCCUGCACGAGAUGUUCUUGCAGAGAUAUUUCGAAGCUGUAUUCAUUCAGAGCAGAUGUUGAGUCUUGCUCCAGCCAAACCUAUCAAAGUUUCUGAUAUUUUCCUCAGCAAAGAACAGAUCAACUCACAGACACCAGGAAACCUGUUACAAAUAUUUUUCACUAAUGUCCGCCCACCAAAGAAAGUUUUGGAGGAUCAGCUCACACAGAUACUGCGGAAGUACGGCAUACCCAAGCCAAAAUUUGACAAGAGCAAGUACAGUAAAGCAGGAAAGGAGCAGCACCCUGGCAAAGUAGUCAGCACAAAAAGGCCAAUCGGCAAACCUCCAGGCAAAGACAGGUCCGUGCUGAACAGCGUCAGAACUGCGCUGAGUGAGAAGAAACCAAUUGUGAAAGCAAAGUCACCAGAAAAGGGCAGCAAACCUGAUGACAAGGACCCAGAGAAGUCACCAGCAAAGAAACAAGAAGCACCAGAGGAAAAGUAUUUAACAUUAGACGGUUUCCAUAAAUUUGUCGUUGAUCGGUCAAAGCAAGACAUCCGAAGCGUGUGGCGAGCAAUCCUUUCCUGCGGAUACGACCUUCACUUUGAAAGGUGUGCCUGCAUUGACACCAGACAUGCCCAAAGAUCCUGCAAAAAAUGGACACUGGAGAUGGAUGUUGCACUUGUACAAUAUGUCAACCGCCUCUGCCGCCAUCUUGCCAUCAGUCCAAGCCGGCUUCAUCCUCACGAAGUUUAUCUUGACCCUGCAGAUGUGCCUGACCCGAGGAUAGCCUGUUUAUUGAAUGUUCCAAUUGAAAGCCUUCGGCUUCGCUUUGCUUUGCUUCAGUCUUUGAACAACACUUUGGAGACAUUCUUCCUCCCUCUGGUAGAGCUCAGACAGACACACACCUAUAUGGACAGCAUUGCAGCACUGCUACGAGAAUCUAAAGGCUUGGUAUUUUACGAUACCAAAGUAGCUGUGAUGAACAGAGUUCUAAAUGCCACAGUACAACGAACGGCAGACCAUGCAGCACCUGAAAUAACACUCGAUCCACUGGAAAUUGUGGGAGGUGAAAUUCGUUCAUCGGAGAACACUUACUUCUGCCAGGCAGCACGGCAGCUGGCAUUAGUGUCUUCCACCCAACUCUGUGUCAAGCUGGCAAGUGGUGGGGACCCAACCUACGCAUUUAACAUUCGCUUCACUGGUGAAGAAGUACACGGAACAAGUGGAUCAUUCCGUCACUUUCUGUGGCAAGUAUGUAAAGAGUUACAGAGUUCAGCACUUUCGCUCCUUGUGCCUUGUCCGAGUUCUGCAGCCAACAGGAAUAAGGGCAAGCACAUUCUGACCCCAGGCCCGAUAACAUACACAGAGGAGCAGCUACUACAUUUCUUUGGGCAGUUGCUUGGAAUUGCAAUCCGAGCAGAUGUCCCACUCCCUCUUGAUCUUCUUCCGACGUUUUGGAAAACACUUGUUGGUGAGCCGCUGGACCCUGAGUGGGAUUUACAGGAGGUGGACAUUUUGACGUACAACUACAUCAAAAAAUUUGAGACGAUUAAUGACGAGACAGAACUUGAGGCACUGUGUGCUGAAGUAACUUCACAUCAUUUGACCACAGAGAGCCCUGACUCUCCCAACAAGCCCUGCUGUAAAUUCAGCUACGUAACCAUGACAGGCGAUGAAGUGGAGCUGUGUCCCGGAGGCAGGGAUAUCACUGUUGUUUGGGAGAAUAAAGAUUCAUAUGCGGUUGCCAUCCGAAAUCUGAGAAUACAGGAAAUUGAAAACACUCACUGCAUGACCGCGGUGCGAGCGGGCCUCGGCUCCAUCAUCCCCUUGCAGUUGCUGACCAUGCCAACACCCCUGGAGAUGGAGCUGAGGACCUGUGGUCUGCCUUACAUCAACCUGGAGUUUCUGAAGGCUCACACCAUGUACCAAGUGGGUCUGAUGGAGACUGAUCAGCACAUUGAGUUAUUUUGGACAGCACUGGAGAUGUUUACACAGGAGGAACUCUGCAAGUUCAUCAAGUUCGCUUGUAACCAAGAACGAAUACCUUUCACUUGUCCAUGUAAAGAUGGAAGUCCAGAUACAGCCCAUGUUCCACCAUAUCCUAUGAAGAUUGCCCCACCUGACGGAGCUGCAGGUUCACCAGAUUCUCGAUACAUCAGGGUGGAAACCUGUAUGUUUAUGAUCAAACUGCCUCAGUAUUCCUCACUCGAUAAUAUGCUGGAAAAACUCCGUUAUGCCAUCCACUACCGUGAAGACCCUCUCAGCGGCUGAGCAGGUUGCAUCUCGAAUUCCCACAUCCUUUCACAACACAUGGUGAUGCCCAAGAACCUCCUUAACCCUGCUUUUAAGAAAGGAAAAAAAAGAAUAGGGGUGGAAGUACGGAUGGAAUCUGAGCCGUGGUCGGGAGCAGUUCGUCCUGAAGAUUCCACGAACAAAAUGCUUCCACACUGGUGCAAACUUUCUUUUUGUAAAUUUCCAUUUCUAUUGAUGGACUAAAUAUGGUGUGUUGCUGUCUUGUUAAGCAGCUAUUGAAGAACGUACGAUGCUUUCACUACAACAGCAGUGUACGUUACUAUAACUUUAAAACACAAACACACGUUCAAACAGAAUAUUAGUUGAUUGUGGGAUAACUGUUUUAUACUCGUGAUCUUAACUUUGGAGCAGAAUUUUAUCCUCUUGUCAUGCCAGAAAGAAAAGUUAUGACUUUUCCUCGCGAAAAGCGCACAGGAGGUGCCAGCGGGAUCAAGUUUGGCUUCUGAAAUGUCAUAACAAUCACGUGCAACCCAAUUGAAAUGCUCCAAAGUUAAUAUGUUGUGAUUGGUGUACAGGAAGGUAUCCUUUUACCAACCUGCAAUGAACCUUUUAGUUAUAGAUGGAUAUGUAUGAAUCAUGUGACCCUGGCUGCCUUGCCUUUUUUUCCUUCCCCCCAAAAACAGUGUGCGCUGUUGGUAUGCUGGGUCAGCAGUUGGCCAGACUUUGUGAUCAAGUCUCUCUCAACUCUCUCCUUGCCUCAUUUUGCUGGAUACCGCCACACUGACUGCAUCCUUGGCUGCAAAUAUUUUCUUGCUCUGUUCCCCAUUUUCAAUGGUCUUAAGGUACCCUGAAGUAGAACCCGAGAAGCUUGAAUUAGCUGGGCUGGAGGAACAGUUUAAGAUGUUAAUUUUCUACUUAUGAACAUGGAUCGAUUCAGUGGAACCUGGUAAUGAGAUUUGGAGUGGGUAGUAUUUUGAGUUACUUAGAAAUUUAACUUUACUUCAAGGAGUCAGAUCCCGAUGUACAAUUGGUGGAUCCAAUUCACCAUUUUUGUUUACCCCUAAAUGGGUCUUUCCAUCCCCAUGCUGGCUGGAUAACAAAUCAGACUGUUACUCCCGGGGCUCUGCCCUGUGAAGAUGUGUGUGUAUGGCCUAGAAUUAUUUUUGAAUAGUUGAAGUUGUCUUAUGGCACAGCAGAUUGAAGCAUGAGUUGUAAAUCUUGAAUCGAGUUCAGUUGCCUUUAAUCAUUUCUUUAUUAAAUUCACACUUCAAGCAGCAGCACAAAUAUUAGUUCAUGAAAACUAUCCCACUGUGGCUUUGAUAAUAGCCUGAUAGAUGUACAAAUCACCCCCCUAAUUCCGUACGAGUCAAUAAUCUUUUCAAGUUUUACUUUGUGGCCAUUUCAAUAUCUUUUAUACGAUUUAAUAAUUAUGCAUGAAAGUUUCAGGACUCAUUGAAAAAUAGCUUGGUUAACUGUAUUGUAAAUGUUACCCUUGGUGCCAAUAUUAUAGACCACAUCAAAACUCUGCUACUCGAGGUGACAUUGGGCUGUAUCAUGAUUUGGUAUUGUUGCUCAUCUUUCUUGGCACUUUCACCCCUAUCAUUUACAGUUUGUUGUUUUUGGAGUUUGGAGUAAUCGUGGUUAGCAGAAUAUCAGAAAAGAUAUGCAAACUACAAGGACCAAGUACGAGAUAAACAUCAAAAAUUGACAGUAACUGGAGUCGGGACAGACCUCUCUUUGUAUUUCUAAUCUGGUUGGGAGAAUUGACUACUAUUUGGAAAGAAUGGUCAGCGUUGAUAUAUCCUGUAGAGGUUGUAAAUUUAGUUCAGGAUUAGAAUUAUUUUAAUUUUUAUGUUUUCUCAUAUUUGAGAUAAAGAUCUGUAAACAUUUAAUUUGGCAUUGUGACGUACGUGCAGCUGUGCACUUGUUUUAUUCUCUGAAAAAUGUCACUUCUUUUCUGCCCCAAAUGUUUGGGUUUAAAUCCAUAGCUGCUUGAUAAGUUUUAAUUUUGCAUUAAUGUUGUCCAUAGAAAAUUACUGGGUAAAACUUGCGAAUUGAUGCAGGAGCCAAGAAGAAUGUUACCUGUUGAAUUGGAAAAACGAGUUCUGGAAAGUAAAACCAUGAUCCGAUUGCAGCAUUUUGGGUUCCUGAUGUGUUUGAUUUCCUAAACAGGGUUACUAGCAACAUGUGCAGCAGGGGGCCUGUGUAUGACUUAAAAUGCAUUCCGUAAAUCCAAAUCUAUCCUGGCUAAUAAUCCCAAGAUUGCUUGUAAGAAAGUUGUUCAUUCUACUUUUUAAAAAUGGGGUUGACAAAGCAAAGAGUUGUUUUAAUGCAAUAUCCACUAACCUGUUACAUUUAUCAAGAUUGCUUGUAAAACUUAAACUUGAACUAAAACUACCUUUAAAGCUAUUCUGGGUUUAAUGAGGAGCACUUUUAUGGAAUUAGAGUUGAUGUCACAAAUGUGUGGGGCAAUUUGUAGAAAGCUAGUAUGGGCUAUCAAGUACAUAGCAGAAGCGAGAGCAGGAAUAGUCAAAAGGGCCAUGGACAUGCAGAUGUUGCUGGGUUUACUCUAGCACUUUCUAGUGCAGGGUGUUUGUUUUAAAGCUUGUAAAAGGCUUGAGGCAUAUGCAGCUUCUGGCUACAUAAUGUAAUGUAAUCUAUCAUAGGGUUUAGGGUGCAUAAUCAUCUUUUGCUGUGCAAUGGUCAGAUGGCCUGCAGUAUAUCAGUGAAGGCCCUGUUUAAUAACUGAGUGAAUGAAGGUUUUGUGUAAUUAUAGUUGUUUGGCAGACAGAGUUCAGAGAUCCACAGCAAGUGUUAGUGCUUGGUUUAUUUUUUAGUGUUCUCACGUAACAAAUUAUACACAUGGUCCACACUUUCGGGAACCAGAUCACCGUAAAAUGCUGAGUGUAUCUACCAGGCUGGUUUUUAAAAAUGUCAACUAUGAUAAGAUUGAUAAUGAACAAGAAUAAGCAGAGCAAUGAAAAAGAGAACUGCUUUGUUGCCAACGUUAAGAGUUGUGCCCCUGUAAUGUUGACUGAAUUAUUAACCUUCACUUUUCAAAUCAAACAACUGGUGUGUGAGUUGGCAUUUUAUAGGCCGCACACUGUAAAAUGGGAACAAUGCAUAAAAUCAGAAAUUGGUUUCUAUAUUCUUGGAGUUCGAACAACAUAUCCAGCUGUUUUUGUUUAGACAGAUGUGGAGGUUGUUGCUUGAACAAUCAUUCAUCUUUGCCCUCAGUUUUAAACAAGAUGCUGACACCUGUGUGGAUCUGGCUCUUUGCUCCUGCCCUGUCAGAGUGACGUGCUGGCUGUGGUGAUGUUAAUCUGCUGCUACAACGGCUCCAUUUUACUGAGAGCGUCCAGAUAAAGUUUAAUUUUUAAAGACAUAUCAACAUACAGGUGUUAAUGUGCUCUGUACAGUCAUUGAUGUAUAUUUAUUGCAAUUAUUUAUGAAUGCAUCUUAAAAUCAUCUGUAAUGUUGAUCUUGUCUGCAGUGGUACUUAAAGCAGUGAUGUAUGAAUGGGAAUUACAUUCAUAUUAAAAAUGCUGAAACAGA